AUGACAAUCCUGGCUCUGACCUGGCUGGUGGUGCUGAUCAGACCUAGAAUCUAUUUAAGCCGGCUUGUUUACGGCUUGUUGGCCUUAAAUCUGCUAAUUCACGCGCUUUCCGACUUGGUUUCUCAGGAAACCAUGUUAGGUGGCACGCCCCUUGAUCGGUCCGGUUUGGAGAAGACUAGAUCAGCGUGCACCGAUCCUCUGAAUCAAAUGUCAGCCGGCCUCAUUUCCCGCCUGCCGCCAUCGCAAUUGGUGCGCUUGCUCGCCCUCCUCGUGGAGACGUACCAAGUCUGUGAUACCUUUUCCAGACGGCCCAACCUCCGCCGCCUGCUACAGACUCACCUACACCUUGUCCGGCCAGCCAGUCUA